UGAUUUCCUAGUGCCAGAAUGUCACAAUGUUGGCUAUGGCGAUCACUUGGAUCAGCUUGCAUUUGCUGUCUCCAUCUCAUUGCUUACCCCAUCUGGACUGUAUUGGGGUCUCCUUGCAAUCCAUCAAGGCUUGCGAAGGGAAACAUCACUCUAGCUAGCUAGCUUGCCAUGGAUCUUAAGAAUUCGCAAUCUUGCACCGAGUGGGUCCAGCGACAAAUUGGAGUCCAGUUAACUUGGGCAAUUCUGGUGACCGCGGUUGCAACAAUUGUGGUACUCUAUGUUGCGGUGGUGUAUCAGCGUCGAAAGAAGCUUCCUCCAGGUCCCUGGCCGUGGCCCAUCGUUGGAAACUUGCCAGUCGUGUUCGGGUCCCAAAAGCACAAAUUGGCCCACAAGUAUGGAGGCCUCAUGUAUCUUCAACUAAGCCAAAAGCCAUGUCUGGUAGUUUGGACUGCUGCGGCGGCCAAGGAGAUUUUCCGCAAGCACGAUGCUACUUUCGCAUCGCGACCGUCGAUGCUUAUCUUCUACAUUCUCACAGGUGGUAGAUACAGAAACUUGGGCUUCGCACCUUACGGACCUUUCUGGCGCCGUUUUCGACGAAUUGCCAACACGCAGUUGUUCUCCCCAGCUGUGCAUGCUUCACAUGAGCCGAUCAGAGAAAGGGAAAUUCACAGCAUGUUGCGAGUUCUCCUGGAGGACUCUUACAAGGGCAAGCCCAUCAAUAUCAAGAGCUGGCUCACCUCAGUGACAGCCAACAACAUGACCAUGAUGCUCACCAACAAAAGGAUCUUCGAAAUAGGCGCUGACAACGACGAGAAAAAGAGGGAUUUAGAGGACUUGAUGCGCCGCACCUUUGCCUUAAUGAAGCGAGCGAAAGAAAUGGACCCCAACGACACGGAGAUGCCAGAUGACAUCGAUGUGUUGUUGAAUACGUCUCUCGAUGAUGGUGACUGGCUUGCUGACAGAGACAUAGCAUCCCUCGUUGUGGGCUUGAUGAAUGCGGGAACAGAUACGAGCGCCAACACUGUGGAAUGGGGGAUGGCGGAGCUAAUGGCGAAUCCCGAAAUCAGGAAGCAAGCACAAGCAGAGCUGGAUGCAGUCGUGCAGGACCGCCUCGUGAAAGAAUCAGACAUCCCCAACCUUCCUUUUCUGCAAGCCAUCGUGAAGGAGACAUACCGAAUGCAUCCUUCGGUCCCUCUCUCUCAACGCCAUGAAUCACACCAGCCGUGCGUGAUCUCGGGGUGGGAGUUCCCAGCCCUCACAGAACUGAUUUUGAACCUCUACGCCAUCCAUCGCGACCCUAGCGUGUACGAGAAUCCAGACAAGUUUGACCCCUCCAGGUUUACAAGGAAUCCAAAGGUGGAUCCUUUGGCGGGGAACGACUUUUACGAGCUCAUUCCGUUCGGCGCUGGGCGACGGAUGUGUGCGGGGCAUCACCUUGGCAACGUGACAGUGACGUCCAUGCUGGCGAAUCUGCUGCAAUGCUUCGAGUGAGAGCGGGGACGCGGUGUACAUGUCGGACUUCUACAGCUUCAUGACCUUCCGCCAGAAACCCUUGAUAUUGCUCGCCAAGCCCCGUCGCCCUGCCUUCCUGCUCCAGGCAAUGCCAUAUCUCGAGAGAGUAUUACGAGUGAUUUGAAUAUUGUUUUGCAAAAGAAGUAAUGCAAUGAAUCUUAUAUUAAGUAAGCAUGACACUCAUCUAAAUUUACA